AUGUCGGGGUUUUCAAGCAGCAAUUCCAGUACCGCCGGCGGUACGGGUGGUGCACCGACGGUAGCCCGUUCACGACGCAGCAGUGCGGCCUGUCGACGGUGCCACACGCACAAGAUCAAGUGCUCGGGCGGCACGCCGUGCCGAGGAUGCAUACGGUCAAGGAAGGCCGACGAGUGUGUGUAUCCACGAAAGGAGAAGAAGGUGACGGUGUCGGAAAGCUUUAUCAAGAAUCUCGAGGCCGAACGGGAGCGGCUGAAGCGGGCGAUAGAGAAGCCACAGCUUGGCUCAGCGUAUGAGGACGGAGAGGACGACGCGGCCAUGGCGGCCGAGGUGGCCAACCCAGUGAUGGAGCAGCGGGCCGAGUUUGCCUCGGCGCCGAAGCCGGUGUAUGUCGGCGCAGCAGCCUGCACAGCCUUUGCCGAUCUUGUCUGGCACCACGUUCAGACGUCAUCAGGCAGUAGCCAGUCGGCUGUGUGUGCAUCUACGUCCACAUGCACGAACACGACUUCGUCGCCAUCCUCUCCCGCUCCCUCAGCCCCCCGACAGGUGGCCGUGUUCAACCAUCCGACGCUGCGGCGAGCGAUGAUCGAUGGUUGUCAUGAGUUCCGGACUGGAUCUGGAGCGGCGCCAGCUCUAGCACUACCGAGCCAGUCCUACGCCACUCUGCUGGCGCAGGUUGUACUAAAGUUCGUCGGCCAGGACUACCACCUGGUGAGGAAGCGGUCGUUUCUCGAAAAGGUUGACCAGGUGUACGCACGCAGCGCCAGAUCUGGUGUCAGCUACGAUGGCACGCCCUCAGCCGCGCCGCCCGACCGCCGGUUUCUGUGCCGCAUGUUCAUCACCUUUGCACUCGGCGAGCUGUACCUGCGCAAGUCGGCCGUGACGACGGACGGGCAGCAGGCCAUCCCGGGCACGCACUUUUACCUGCAGGCAGUCGAGCUGUUCGAGGAGCACUAUGAGGACCCGGACAUUGAGUACAUUGAGACGUUGUUGCUCAUGUCCUUUUAUUCGCACGCGCUCAACCGCAAGAACAGCGCGUACAACUACGCAGGCAUGGCGCUGCGGCUCAGCGUCGCACUGGGACUGCAUCGCAACAUGACGUACGGAGCAGAGACGCCGGCGGUGGAGAUUGAGAACCGGCGGCGAGUCUGGUGGACAGUCUACAUGUUUGACCGGCUCUGCAGCUCGAAGCUAGGCCAUCCGGUGAUGAUCAAGGACGCCGACAUUGACGCGCCGCUGCCAUCAAUGGACGGGCUGACGGCCGACGAGCGCGACGACUUCUUCGACGCAGCCCACCUGGUGGCCAACAUUGGGCUCGCCCGCAUCACCGGUCGACUGUUAGAUCUCGCCUACAAGAUCCACCGGCCGCAUGAGCGCACGUUCAUCCGCGAUAUCCACCAAAUCCUGACCAGCCUCAAGGAGUGGGAGGCGUCGCUGCCGGCCGACCUGCGUCCAGGCCCGACCAAGACGCCAUCGUACGUGUCGCGGCCGGUGGCGUCGCUGCGGCUGCACUUCAACCAGUGUGUCAUCCUGACGACGCGACCGGUCCUCCUCUUUGUCUUUAGGGGCUACGUGCGACAGCAGACACCCUCGGCCUCGCCCACGGUCAUGGCCCUCAGCGAGGCCUGCAUCGUGGCCGCCCGGGCAUCCCACCGGCUGCUCAAGCAGCUCUGGAUGGAUGGGGCCAUCGCCACGUUUGGCUACUUUGACGCCCACUACAUCUUCUCGUCCACGCUCGUGCUCGUGCUCGCCAGCCUGCUCAACCGUCACAGCUCGGCCGAUCGCGACGCCGUCGGGCUCUCCUUGCAGCUGCUUCAGUCCAUGGCCGACGACGGGAACCUGCCGGCUCGCGAACUUCUCGACCGCCUCGUCUCCCUGCAGCGCAACCUCGCCGCCAGCGUGCAUCCCCUAGCCGCUGCCACGGCCGACCUCGACCAUCCCCACGUCCUGCUCGGCCCAUCACCAUCGUCGUCGUCUCCCUCGGCUGUCUUCCGUGCGGCCGAGAGCACGGUGACACCUCAGCAGCCUCUGCCGUCUACGUCCAGCCCUCCGGGCGAGUCACCCUCGUCAUCCACGGCCCCAACCAUGAUUCUCGAAGACCCUUUCCUCCGGCAGUUUCUCGGGCUGCCCUACUCAGAACGCAGUCCUUCAGCUCUGGGCAUGACCAACGACGAGAUUUUUGGGAUCUCGUCGCUCGCCUGGGACAUUGAAACGUUGGCAAAAGAGAACUGA